CUACGAAGAAUCCAAACAUGAAGCUGUUGAUCGUAUUCGCCCUUCUUGGGUUGGGCUUUGCCAGCGCCAAUCUUCGCACGGAGAUGGAUACGGUGAUCGGAUACCUUAACAUCGAGGAAGUCCGCCGAAUCUAUCAGCGUUACAUUGCUGCUGAUCGAGAAGUCGCCGAAAUUUACUCCUUCCUGCAGUCUCCGAUUGCCGAUGAAGCCUUCCAGAUUCUGUUCGCGAAUGAGGAAAUGCGUGAGAUCUCUGCUUGGGCCAAUGAACGAGGUGUCGAUUUGUACAGCUACUUGAGCAACAUCCUGUUCGUCCUGGGUUUGCGUCCGAUUCCACCUCGUAGAAGUGUUCGAGGUCCGGUGACGUUGGCUGGAUUCGGAUGGCGUGGAAUGAUGGAUGAGAUUGAAGCUGCCAUGAAUUGGGAUGGCGCAACUGCUCAGGCUCAGGUGUUCAUCAACACUCCCGGAAGUGAGUAUGGCGAGUUGCAUCGGAUGAUCCAGGCCCAGCACGAUCCCAUUCAUGAUUCGUUCCAUGACCCAACUGUGACUCGAUUCUUCGAUCAGCUGCGAGUUUUUGGAGUCCAGGUUGAUGAAACGCGAGCUCGGCUCUAUCACUGGUACGGAUGGGAUGAUCAUCAUCACCAUUAA